AUGAAAUUCUUAUUUACAAAUGAUAUACUACCACCAAUUUCAAUUAAAACUAUAAUUACAUGUUUGAUAUGGUAUCUAGUCUCAUCAAUAACGUCACAACUAACGAAGAUAAUUUUAACUAAAUUCACAUAUCCUUUAUUUUUAUCACAAUGUCAAUUUCUAAUAGGUGCUCUCUUGGCUUAUAUAUUCAUAUUGAUUAGUAGAAAAAAUCCAUUUUUAAUAAACCAUUUUCCCAAGGGUAGUAUACCUUCAAUUGAAACCCAUGAUAAACCUAUACUAUCAAUUGCUGUUCUUUUGAAAAUUUUUCCCUUAGGUUUAUUUCAAUUUUUAGGGAAAUAUUUUUCAUUAAGUGCAACUUCUUUAAUUCCGUUACCAACUAUUUCAAGUAUAAAAGCAUUAAGUCCUUUAUUAAUAGUACUAGGGUACAGAAUUAUAUAUAAAGUCAUUUUUCCUGUUAUAACUUACUUAUCAUUAGUCCCAUUACUUCUUGGAGUGAUAUUAAUUAUUACUUCAGAUUCAAUAAAAAACCCAAAUUCUAAAACAAAUUUAUUGACGAAUGAUGAUAAUGAAAUAGAUCAAAAACAAAUUAAUGGAAUACUUUUAUGUUUAAUUAGUACUAUAAUAUUUGCUGGACAAAAUAUUUAUGGAAAACAAUUAAUUACAUGGGAUAAUAAUGAUGAAAAAUUACAUAAUCCUGCUUCAUUAGUUUUAAAUACUGAUAUUUCAAGACCUUCAACUCCAUUUAUACCAAGUUUUAAAUUUCAAGAUGAAAAUGAAAAAAAUGGAUAUUUUCAACCUCAUUUACAAAAACAACCAUCAAUUGAACAUAUAGCUGAUAAAGAAAAAUUAUCUGUAAAUGAUGGUCCAUAUAAUGAAAAUGAUCAUAAAACAAAAAAUAAUGAUUCAAAUGGGUUCAAAUAUCUAAAUUUCAAACAACGAUCAAAUUCAUUAAAAUUACCAUAUUCAACAUCAGAUUUAUCAUUAGAUCAAAUGAAAGAAAAUCAUCUUUUAACUCCUCCUUUACAACAAUCUUCAAAACCAACAUCCACAGCAUAUCAAAAUGCAGUUUUCAAUAAUAAUCUUAGCAUAAAUAAUCCAUUUGGAUUUCUCGUUGAAAAAUUCGAUUUAAAUAAAAUAUCAAAACCUGAUAAAUUAACUAUAAUAUUAUAUUGUUCAUUAAUUGGUUCAUCUUUUUCAAUAUCUGGAUUUUUAAUGAAUGAAUUACCAUCAUUAUAUAAUCAAUUAACAAUAUCUACUACAAUUGAUUCUACCACUCCACAAACAAAUACUACUGAAUUUUUACAAAUUAUGAUAUUAAUUGUUUUAGAUAGUUUAUCACAUUUUUUACAAACUUUAUUAGCAUUUCAUUUACUUGGUUCAAUUCCAGCAUUAUCUUAUUCAAUAGCAUCAAUGUUAAAAAGAAUUGUAUUAAUUACUAUAAGUAUUUUAUUAACUUUUAAUUUUAAUAAUAAUGGAUCUGAUUUAAUUUCAUCAAAAAUAAAUAAUUUAACUUUUGAACAAAUUAUUGGAUUAAUUUUAAUUGGUAUAGGAUUGUAUUGUUAUGAUCGUUGGGGUUCUAGAAGUUUAAAACCUAAAUAA